CAAACACCUAACCUCAAUUGUCAACUGUCACAAAAAUUUUCGCUCACGUGUUUUGUCAGUUUCGCUCCGCGCUAAGUAAACUCAGAGAAUAAUUUAAUUUUGGCACAAGUUGAAGGUGUGUUGGACAAAUGUCUAUCUAUCACGAUGAAGUGGAGAUAGAAGAUUUUGAGUACGAUGAGGAGAAUGACACCUACUAUUAUCCGUGCCCAUGUGGUGAUCGCUUUGAAAUCAGUGGCACUGAACUAAAAGCAGGCAAAGACGCAGCAGAGUGCCCCAGUUGCUCUUUGGUAGUCAAAGUAAUCUACGAUAUAGAGAAAUUUCGGACCGAGGACAAGAUCAAAUCUGAAGAAGAGUCUCAUCCUAAAUCAACAUCAUCUGCUGUUGUCAAUUGAUUACUCCUUAACUUACAUCAUCAAGCAUCAAACUGGUCAGUCAGAAACCAACUAAGUCCUCUCAUUUUUCAAAAAUUAUGUGGGCAAUAUUGAUUCCAAGCAAUUUCAUCCUCGACUAAUAGACAUUUUUUAUUGACUUUAGCUGUAACUGUGCAACACUUGAUUUCAAACACAUAUUAUUGUGAUAAGUAGUAUUUGCCCGAGGACCACUUUCUGCGAAUUUGUAUCCGUCUACUAUUCAGUAUUUUUCCACAGCUUUUCUCCUCCAUUGUUGAUUACUGUACCUUUUAAUUGUUGAAAAUCCAAUUGCCUUCCAAAA